AUGCGUCGUUCCAACCUAUUCGUUGUCAGUCUGCGGUCAGUUUGCGCACACUCUACUGUUUCCAGUUGUGGGGCUCGACAUCGCAAGAAGGUAGCGCUUUCUGCAGGUCUCCGGCGCUUCAAUACGGAGAGAGAGGCUACAGAGAUUGACAUGGCAUUGCAUCCGUCCACACCUCCGCACCCUAACGACCAAUACCAUCACUACAUUCCGAGAUUCAUUUUACGAAAUUACAAGAUUGAGACUGCGGGGCUGCAGACUGACGAUAGGAGGCAUAAACCGAAGGACUAUAAAAAUUGUCCCGUGGUGAACGAUGACAUUCUGUUCUACAGCCUAACAGACACUAGCCUGGACAAACGUCCCAUCUCCAGCGUGUACGGUGAAAUUAACCUUUACAAGGAUGUCACCAAUCCCGCAAACGUGCAGCACAUUGAAAGGAAACUUUCUGUGCUUGAAGGACACGCAGCAAGAAUAGUUGGGACGAUACUCGCAGGCAUGAACCAGGGUCGUUUCCGCAUUGGACGCCCAGACUUGAAUAUUUUGCGCAAAUACCUAUUUGUCAUGGGCUAUCGCAGGGAUCAGCGCGUUGUUGACAGCUUCCGAGAGGACCUCCCACAGAACGCGCCUCUCGUCAAAUGGAUCAGGAAGUUCAAAAGGAUACACAAUCUCCAGUCCGCGCCUGAUGUGUGGCUGCACGUCCUGAACUACUAUCUCGACACCUCGCACGAGCAAAUCAUACGGGAUGCGGAACCCAUGAAGAAAACUGUGAGUACGUUCGUGUCCGGUAACGUCGAGAUCGACCCGGACGACUCCCAUUUUCCUGCGCAAGAAUACAUCAGCCUCGCACAGGGUUACUUCUUGUGCAUAUGGGAGGCAGCUAUCGGCGACGAGUUCAUAGUCAGCUCCAACAGUUUCUCUCACAGAAAAGGAGCCGACCAUUGCCUCUAUCCCAUUAGCCCGCGUGCCAUUGCAAUAUUGAGUUCGCAGGUAUUCAGACCCGAAAUAUCUCUGAUGGGCAGUAUUGGACUCGACCCGGGCUGUCCAUUUGGAGACAUUCCACACAAGUCGCCAGUGCCUACCUAUGCGGAUGGCGGACCAUCGGAGAUGACCCCGGAAGCCAAGAGACGGUACCUGGAGGAGGCUGUGAACAAGACAGAUGACAUGUUCGAUUUCGAGACUACGAGACUUACGGUCUCCCAGACGCAAGCAGUCAAUGCCCUCAUGCUCGAGCAUGUUCCGGACACAGGUUCCUUGACAUUCACUUCAAAGGAAUCUAUGUUGCGCACCCUGCACAGAUACCGAGCUCAUGCAACGUCUACAGCUUGGGCGAAACACGAGCCGUUGCUGAAGGAGUUAUGUAUGUGGGAGUCCAGUUUCACUAUGGGUCUCAAAGGAGAAGCAGACAUAGGCACAGCAGUCGAAGUUGACUUCGAGACGCUUGUCCGGACCACGAUCAACGAUAUCGUUUCUGGUGCUGCAGACAGGGAAUCCCGUUCUCACUACGACGCGGUCCAUGGUCUCUUCACCUUGAUCAAGGGUCGGUCCAAGUCCGCGAUCCCGUUCGCAGCGCUGUACCACAGGGAAAAGUUUGUUCUGCAGCAGACAUUCGCCUUUCUGUUGGACCCACUGACGAAACCGACUGAGGCGCAAGCACAGCUUGUCGACUCCCUUUCUCACGCAGAUUCCGACCGUUUCUUCGCGGUCAUGUUCAGAUUGAUGCCGCCUUCCAUGGGGAUCGGCGAUGCAAGUAGGAAGUUGAGGCAGGAAGUGGUGCUGCUGGGGUUUUGCGAGUGGUUGAUGAAGGAGAGACCCGACGUCUUUGACGGACUCAUCGGUUUUAACAUGCGCGGUAUGUCUAUACGUAAGUGA